CACACACGCGCGGUACCAUUCAUUGCGGUGGCAUAGGAUAACCUUGAAAAGGCCACCCUCGGAGCGCUACUACUUUAGUUAGCCGAAUCCGCCGGGGAUUUAUUUAGUCUCCAGCGGCAACGAUCAGAGCUCGUCCCGAUUAGUCCCGAUGAAGUGUUGAGGCAGAGUGUGAGACGAUUUUUUCACAACACUACGCGCGCCGCAAAAUUCGAAGGAGAGAGAAGAGAGAGAGAGAGAGAGAGAGUGUGCUGUGCAUUGUUGAUCGUCGUCUUUAUCAUUAAAUAAAAUGUCAUUGUGAAACGGAAUCGCCGGGACUAGUAACGCGCAUUGCUGCGGCGUUGCAGGUUAUACUCCGGUCAUCUAGGCAUCUCCGAAAGGUGCGGAGUGAGAAUGCCGUCCACGGCAGUUUGAACGCCGUCGCGUUCGAAAAGCGACAGUCGGUGGUAUCCGGGCGGCAGCAGCAGCAGCAACAUCAUCAGCAUCAGUAUCAGCAUGGUGCAGCGCCCGGUCGCGCCUCGGCGCAACGUCCGGAUAUUGCUGAUCGGUGAGCGCAGCGUCGGCAAGACCUCCCUGAUAUUGUCUCUCGUGAGCGAGGAAUACGCUGAGGAGGUGCCGAGUAAAGCCGAGGAGAUCACGAUACCGGCGGACGUUACGCCGGAGCAGGUGCCAACGCAUAUUGUCGAUUACUCAGCGGUGGAACAAACAGAGGAUCAACUGGCAGAGGAGAUCCAGAAGGCGCAUGUGAUAUGCGUCGUUUAUUCUGUGGACGACGAGGACACUCUGGACAGAGCUGCCAGCUAUUGGCUACCGUUAAUCAGAAGAUGCUCACCCGACAAUCGGUGUCCGGUAGUGCUUGUGGGCAACAAAAUUGAUCUUGUGGAUUAUUCCACCAUAGAGGCUGUAUAUCCUAUUAUGAAAGAGUUCACAGAGAUUGAAAGUUGCAUAGAGUGCUCAGCAAAAACACUUCAGAAUGUCUCAGAAACGUUUUAUUACGCACAAAAAGCAGUUCUACAUCCAACUACUCCUUUAUACAAUUAUGACACACAGGAGCUCACAGAGGAAUGCAAAACUGCUCUACAGAGAAUUUUUAAAAUAUGCGAUGUAGAUAACGACGGACUUUUAAAUGAUACGGAGUUGAACGCGUUUCAGCAGUGGUGUUUCAACACGCCGCUACAACCACAGGUGCUAGAGGAUGUAAAAGCUGUACUGUCAAAAAACAUUUGCGAUGGUAUAUGUAAUGGGUGUGUCACAAUGAAAGGUUUUAUGUACUUACAAUGUUUAUUUAUACAACGCGGAAGAAACGAAACGACCUGGGCUGUGUUAAGAAAAUUCGGAUACGAUAACGAGCUACAAAUGUCAAAGGAAUAUAUUCAUCCUUCAUUGAAAGUCCCACUUGGCUGCAGUACAGAAUUAUCACACAAGGGACAAGAAUUUCUAACGUUACUGUUUAUGCAACAUGAUCGCGAUCGAGACGGUGCUCUCUCGCCCUUGGAAAUGGAGUCGUUGUUCUCGCGAUGUCUCUUCCCGCCGUGGGGCGAUGAAUACAAGUACACCGUACCCACGAACGAAAAGGGAUGGAUUACGUUCCAAGGAUACAUGUGUCAAUGGGCACUGCUGGCGCUGACGAACGUACGUAAAACCUUGGAAUAUAUGGCGUAUCUAGGAUAUAACAUGUAUCACAACGAAUGUCAAACAAGCGCCAUUGUCGUGACUCGCGAGAAGAAAGUGGAUCUGGCAAAAAAGCAGUCCAGCAGAAAUGUUUAUACUUGUCACGUCAUAGGACCGAAGAGUAGCGGAAAGACGACAUUAUGCAGGACCCUUAUCGAUCCUAAACUGGAGAAACUGAACGAUAAGAUAGUACCGUCGAACGCUCACAUCACCGUGAACACGCUGCACGUGUACGGGCAGGAGAAAACUAUAGUACUAAAGGAUAUAAACGUGCUGAACGUUCAGGACGCCUUAACGCCGGCGGAAAUACAGUGCGACGCAGCUGCUCUUGUUUACGACGCCAGUAAUUCGAAAUCGUUCGAGUAUAUAGCGCGUAUUUACAUCAAAUACUUUGCCGACAGUAAGAUUCCCGUUCUGAUAAUAGCGAAUAAAAGUGACCUUUCCGAGGUGAAGCAGAGCUAUCUAUUGCAACCAGCCGCCUUCUGCAGCAAGUACAAACUGAUGCCUCCGCAGCCGUACAGUAUCUCACGGACGAUCCGACGUGAGAUUUUCGUCAAAUUAGCUACGAUGGCAGCCUUUCCGCACAUAAAUCAAUUCGGCCUAAUGCAAGGGGACUCCCUGGUCUGGUGGAAAGCAGGACUGGGAAUUGCAAUCGCCACAAUCGCUGGCUACGUGAUGAUGCGUGUGUUGAAUACGGAGAAAAGAUAGUCUACCAUAUUCGUUCUACUUGUGCGUGUUUAACUGCCUCUCCAUGUCGAAUAAAAGAAAAGAAAAGCCGUAUUAUCGCGUUAUAUAGGAUGAAUAUAUAUAUUCAUAAAUCACACUAAUUUUCGAAAUAUACAAUAGUGAAGUAUUAGAGAAAACUUAUGAUAAAGUGCAAAUACUUUCUUAUAGAGGUACGCUUACUCGGUUCUGGUCAGAUAUACCCAAGUUUUUAUUUGCUGAAUCCCCCUCGCAAUGUACCAUCUUGUAAAAGCUAUUUUCAUCUUCUGUAAUAAAUUAUUUGUUUAAUGUAUUGUAAUAUAAAGUGGGAAAACGUGAGGCGCUGCCUAUUUUUUGAUCAUUUCGAUUUUAAUUUGCAUUCUUAACGAACCUUAAUGUUCGUAAAUAUGUAUAUUCUAAAUUCUCAAACCCAAUGUGAUUAAAUAAUUUU